UACUUUGACAGUUGCGCCAACGUCCCUAGCACCGUGCGGUUGGUGACCAAGAGAAAUGCGUACUUGUACCAAGCAAACAGCGGCCUCUUUGCCGGUGCCAACAGCGACGACAUCAACCGCCUCUUUGUGUACAACGCAGCUACGCAGACGCUGCAGGCGCAAGGAAACGGGCAGUGCCUCGGCGUGUACAUGUCGGGCAACAGUCCCGUGCUGCAGCUGCGUGCGUGCGACAGCAGCGCGAAUCUCAAGUGGUCGAUCGACGCCGCCACGCGCAAGGUGAAGACUCUCAACAACAUUUGCUUGGACGUCGACCCGACGAACGCGAGUCGCGCCGCGCAGGUUUGGACCUGCUUUGCCAACAACGACAACCAAGUGAUUGACGUCGUACCGUACUAA